AUGAAGAUACCGCGAGAGCGACCAGUUGGUGCUUUACUGAGUGCCUCUGACAAAACUGGGUUGAUAGAAUUUGCUUCCUCUCUCUCACACUUAGGGUUUAAAAUAGUGGCGUCAGGAGGUACUAGUUCAGUUUUGAAAUCGGCCGGAAUUGUGGUUUCAGAAGUAUCUGAUUUAACUUCAGCCCCGGAAAUUCUAGGUGGGAGAGUUAAAACCCUACAUCCUGCAAUUCAUGGAGGAAUUUUAGCUAGAAACAUAGAAAGUGACCGUGCUGAUAUGCAAAUAUUGAAAUUUGAUAUGAUUUCAUUAGUUGUUUGUAACUUAUAUCCUUUCACGAAGACUGUUGCUAAAGUGGAUGUUACAAUUCCUGAAGCAGUUGAAAAUAUUGAUAUAGGUGGAGUCACAUUGCUCCGAGCUGCAGCUAAAAAUCAUGACCGAGUGACUGUCAUUUGUGAUCCUGCUGAUUAUAACAGUGUUAUUUCAGAAAUAUCCGAGUCAAAGGACAAAGACACAUCAUUGCAGACAAGAAAACAGUUGGCCCUUAAAGCCUUCAAUUGCACAGCAGAUUAUGACUCAGCAAUCAGCAAUUAUUUUCGUAAGGAGUUUUCUUCUAAUGUAUCUCAAAUUACCUUGCGAUAUGGCAUGAAUCCUCAUCAGAAACCAGCUCAAAUCUUUACUACUCUUUCUAAACUUCCCUUAGAUGUUGUUAAUGGCUCUCCAGGUUUUAUUAAUCUUUGUGAUGCAUUAAAUGGAUGGCAGUUGGUAAAAGAGCUCUCUUCUGCUCUUGGUUUGCCUGCUGCAACAUCAUUCAAACAUGUUAGUCCGGCUGGUGCAUCAGUUAGUACACCUCUGACCCGCGAACAGGCUCGGUUAUGUAUGGUUGAAGAUUUAUUUGAGAAAUUGACUCCCCUUGCUAUUGCAUAUGCUAGGGCUCGUGGAGCUGAUAGAAUGUCUUCAUUCGGUGACUUCAUAGCAUUAUCUGAGCCUUGUGAUGAAAUCACUGCCAAAAUAAUUUCAAGAGAGGUUUCUGAUGGUAUAAUUGCUCCUGGAUAUUCAGAAGCAGCAUUGGCCCUCUUAAAGAAAAAAAAAGGUGGAAAUUAUUGCAUACUGCAGAUAGACCCAGCAUAUAUUCCUAGUAAAAUGGAAAGGAAAACAAUUUUUGGCCUAACGUUAGAGCAGUGUAGAAAUGAUGCUGUGAUUGAUAAAAAUUUAUUUAACAAUAUAGUAUCAAGUAAUAAAGAGCUUCCUGAAAGUGCUGUACGUGAUCUUGUGGUAGCAACAAUAGCUCUGAAGUAUACGCAAAGUAAUUCAGUAGCUUAUGCACGUGAUGGGCAAAUAAUUGGAAUUGGAGCAGGUCAACAGAGCAGGAUCCACUGCACAAGACUGGCUGGUGACAAAGCAGAUAAUUGGUGGCUGAGACAACACCCUCGUGUCAUUGGAAUGAAAUUUAAGAAGGGCGUUACAAGAGCUGAAAUAUCAAAUGCUAUUGAUAACUAUGUUAAUGGUUCUUUAGGUAAAGAUAUGGAUUUGAAAACAUGGGAAUCGAAAUAUGAAGAAAUACCAGCUCUUUUGACUGAUGAAGACAAACAGGAAUGGCUCUCUAAACUCAGUGGUGUCAGCUUGUCCUCAGAUGCAUUUUUCCCGUUCAGUGAUAACAUAAAUAGAGCACAUAUGAGUGGUGUUAGCUACAUAGGCAGUCCUUCUGGUUCAACAAAUGAUGCAGAGGUAAUUGAAGCCUGUAACAAGCACAAUAUUGUAUUAGCACACACAAACCUUCGUUUAUUCCAUCACUAAUUCAGAUUUAUUAUUUUUACUUCUUAAUUCAAGUUGCCAUCUAUUAUUGAUUUAUGUUGAUUGAAGCCAAACUGAUGUGCCAAUAUUCUUAAAUUAAAAAUUAAAUUUCUAAAAAUUGAUUACUUUAUCAAUUGGAGUAAAGAUAUAAAACUGUUUGAAAAUUCUAUGUUAGUUUAAAGAUAAAAGAAAUUAUUUGAUGUUAAUAUUUGAAUAUUUAAAUUAUCGUGAUUAAAAUCAAAUUAAAGGAAUAUAUAUUGUUAUCACCUUACAAAAUUAUAUUGUUGAAAAUAUGUUAUUAGCUAUUUUCAUUAGUUUAUAAAUUUUCUGAUUUUAUUGUUUCUUAUUAUAUAUUGAUAUUUUUGUAAUUGAAAAAAAAAAUAAUACAGUUAAUAUUAAAACUGAAAAAACUGAAAAAUCAUGACAGCUGGAAAAUUGAUGAUAUUUAAAAAAAAA